AUGUCUCAGAGCUCAGGAAAGAUCGUGCUGUACGAAGGCAAGAGUUUCACAGGCCGCAAGUUGGAGGUCUGCAGCAGCUGCGACAACUUUCAGGAGCGCGGUCUUGUCAACCGUGUCAACUCCGUACGUGUGGAGAGCGGUGCCUUCGUGUGCUUCGACCACCCAGACUUUAAAGGCCAGCAGUACGUCCUGGAACGCGGCGAGUACCCUGAAUUCCAACGCUGGAGUGCCUACAAUGAUCACAUGGGCUCCUGUAGGCCAAUCAGAAUGCAUGGUGAGCACUACAGGCUGGAGUUGUUUGAAGGAGACAAUUUCAGCGGCCAGCAGGUAGAACUGAAUGAAGACUGUCCCUUGCUGCAAUCCAAAGGCCUUACAAAGAGCUGCAUCAAGUCCCUCAAGGUCUACGGAGAUGGAGCCUGGGUGUUGUACGAGGAGCCCAACUACCGUGGUCGCAUGUACGUGGUGGAACGAGGAAAUUAUGGCGGCCACACUGAGUGGCAGGCAGACAAUCCCAAGAUCCAGUCUGUUCGUAGGGUUGCCAACUACUUCUAA